UUUCAAUCGUGCACAGAAAACGCGGCUAACCACAUGGCGGACAGAAUUGAUGAUAUCUUUGCCGGUGACUCUCCGGAGGACAUUCAGUUGGUGCAAAAUAUGAUCGAAAAAAUCCGACUGGAAAUUAUGUCACACGGUGAGGAGGAAUACGAUUCGUACGAUCCGGGAUGUCGCCAGAAGGUAGAGUUCAGCAUCCAGAUCAAUAGGGUCACCAAGAUUCUGCAGGAAAUGUCCGAGACAUUGGAGGUGCUAUUUUGUUUGCCGCUUAUUUGCCGGAACGAGGACUUGAUGGAUGAGUACUUCAAUGCCGAGGAGCAGGACGUGAUACGUUUACUGUGCAAGUACAUGCGAUCCAAGGCUGAUGAUGGUGAAGCGACUCCUUCCGUCGCUGAAUUGUCCACAUUUUCUCCAACAAGGUUCAUCGAGUUGGUUGCAAUGGUAUCGAACAAGGAACUCCAUAAGACCAUCGCAGGCCAGGUCAAGAAUCUCCCGGGAGUCUACCGGAAAUUCCUGUCCAACAUUCGCGAGUUCCGCAAGUUUACCAUCGCCAAAAUGCAAAUGACUGCCCAGAAAGAUCUGGCCAAAGAGAAGAUCCUACAUCGAAUGUGGCUAUCGAAUCAGCGCAACAUCAAGGAAAUCAUUCGAAUUGAAGAUAUUGUUGAGGAAAAGCGUGCUUCAUUUCAGGCGGAGAUCGAGGAGAAGACUGCCAUCAUCGAGAAGUACCGGGCAGACAUCCAACGGCUGGAGGAACAAAGUAAAAGUCAAAUCACAAAUUUUAUUGAUAAAUCCAAUCGAAACAUGUUCCGGUACUUCGAACAAAGUGAUAACCGCUACGAAGAACUGCUGAAGGAAGCCAAUCGUUGGACUAAAGAAUACGACACAGUUCUGGAGGAGGAUCUUCGCUUGGAGAAGGAAAAUCGAAUGAAAAAGGCCAGGCUUACGCAGCAACUGCAGACUUGGCUCAACAAAUACGACAAGGAUGCCGGGGAAAGGACCAAAGAAUUGAAAAGUUUGGCUAGUACCUUGCGAGCACGGCUGCAGGAAUUUAAUGAUUGGAAGCUGAACGACUUUGAUCCACAGGAGAAACAGUACUUCGAAGCAAUUGAAGAGCGUCGAUUGGACGAACUGCAGGCCCACGAAGAGCGUGUUCGCCUCUUUAUGAUGCACCGGGCAGCUAAGGUAUUGCAACGUGCAUGGCGUUCGGUGGCCGAACGGAAGCGCAAGAUGCGUGGGCGUCGUGGAGGACGACGUGGAAAGGGCAAAAAGUAAAUGCGUCAGGAAAAAUCAUCAUAGUUUGCAUAUCAAUUCCAUUACCUCAGAAUAUCUUAACCGACAACAUUAACAAUCACACAAGAAAAGCAGUAUUCUUAUCCAGCAAUCAUUUUUUAAUAAUCAUUCUAAGCUAAUAUUUGCCAAUACAAACGAAUAUAAACGAAUUACUUCACAAAAAUUUUAAUUAUCACAUCAUUAGAUGCCAGUUUUUGAGAAAUCUCUGAAGGUACUUAUCAAUAAAACUCUGCAAUAAUAUUCAGAAAAAU